GUCAAGACUUGUGUCUCACUUUUUUGUGUUGUACAUUUUUGCUUUGUUUUGUUAGUGCCACUUCUGAACUAUGGAAUCCGUUCGCGUUUUGCCCACUUCUGAGGAGUAUUUGUUAAAGAGACAAGCAGAGCCUCAGUACGACUAUUCUUACAGUCCAUACGAUUUACCCAGUUUUGGAAACAAUAUGUCCUACCCUAGGAGACCAUGCAGCAUGGGCAGACUUUCUUAUAUGGAGCCUGUUCCGAGCCGUUCUAUGUUUGGCGCAAGAAGUUAUUUGCCUUAUGAAUAUGCUGAGGAGCCCGAUGAGGCUCUGUGGUACGAUGAGUACCGUGUUGGUCCUCCUCAGGCCCCUUCUUCAGACUAUUAUCCUUCGGGCUUUUUACCAUCAGCGAAUUACUCCAGCUACGUAGACUCGUCGAUUCAUCGUCGAAGUCCUCUCUACUGUGAUCCCUCCUUUGUCCGUCCCUUUUCGGCCAGCGGAUGCCGCGAAAAGACUAGCUCCUAUCUUGACCCGUUCCCUUUCUCAUGCGAUUUGCGUUGUUCGAGCGACUGCGAGCUUCCGUCGAAUCGAUUAAAUAGUUCGACGGUGCCUCGUUCUCGAGCCGACUGUCUGGAUGUAAAGAGCGCGUCCAGACCCAGUUCCUCUAUGGACCGGAGCUCUCGAGUCUAUUCCUCGGAUAGCCAUUCAGAUUUUUUAAGUUCUGAUACUGUUUCUCCCGACCUUCCAGCGUAG